CCAGUAUACCAGCUCCACCCGCCCCUCCCCCACCCCCUGUAGCUCUUGUACCGAUCAGAACAUUCAAGGUCAAAUCCAAGGUCAAGAUGAGACCAUUUCAUUGGAAUAAGAUCAAUAAUAUGAUGGUAAGUGGUUCAAUAUGGAAGACUGCGAGGGAUCUUACAGAGUUAAUUGAUACAGACGUCCUUGAAGAUAUGUAUUCUGAUAAAAAGAAAGAGACUACUGAACCAGAAACGAGCAAGAGGAAACUGAAGAGCUUCUUGGAUCCCAAAGUUGCUCAAAAUCUGGGUAUCUUCCUUGCUGGCUUCAAGAUGGAUGCAGAGGAGCUGAAAUACAGAUUGACCAUCCUCAGUGAGCAAGAUGGCGGCCUAGAUCCCGAGCAUAUCAAUGUCAUCAGGAGGUAUCACCCUACAGCGGAGGACGUGGAGACAUACAGCCAGUACCGGGAGAAAUCUCAAGAGUUGGAACCAACGGACCAGUUCAUGUUACAACUCUGUGAGAUACCACAUCUCAAGACAAGGCUAGAUAUCCUUCUCAUUGUCAACGAGUUCCCCGUCCAAUACGAACACCUUGCACCCACAAUUGAGCAUGUCCUGGACAGUCUAGAUGUGUUAUGUCACAGCAUUAGGUUUGUUUCAGUACUGGAAUAUGUUCUUGCUGUUGGUAACUUCAUCAACAGUGGCUGCAGCAAAGGAAUCGCUAUGGGUUUCAAAUUGGCAACACUCCCAAAGCUAGCGGAAUGCAGGGCGAGAGAUAAGAACUUCACCCUCCUGAAGUACCUGGUGCAACAGAUCCACAAGCAUGAACCAGACUUACUUGGUUUCAUCGAAGAGCUCCAACCUAUCAUGCAUGCAAAUGAUGCAUCAAUAAAAGCACUGCAAGCCGAGGUUGAAGUGAUGAAGAAGGAUCUAUGUAAACUAAAGAAGAAUGCAUCUGUUUUGAUGAAGGUUGAAAAUCCACCAGAGAGGGAUAUUGCAUUCUGUGAUGAUAUAGAGAUGUUUGUGGAAUCUUAUGAGGGCAAGCUAAAUGAUCUUCAGGAUAAGUCAGAUGAUAUGAAAACUCUCUUUGAACAAAUGCUGAUGCGGUUUGGUGAGAAUGUUAAUGUGGAAUCCCAGGAAAUCUUUGCAUCUAUUGCUGAGUUUGUGAAAGCUUUCAAAAGAGAAGUGGAUCUUAUCAUGGUGACUGCCGGUAAACACAACAGGAGAAAAUCAAAGAAGUAUUCUGGAAAUCCUCGAAAGAGCAUGCCACGUGACUCGGCCAUUGACAGCGUAACCAGUUUGGAGAGGAGCGACUCGGCUGAAAGCUGUCCUGACCAGUAUGAUGCAGAUGGCAUUGCGGGUGUUGCCAAUUUGCGUAAAGCAUUCAGUGCUGAUUGUCGGUCUGCAGCAGGCCAGAACAAACGUCAGGGAUUUAUUCAGGAUAAGACAAAAGCUGUGUCAAGUCCCAGAACACGCAAACCACUACCAAAGAACCCUACUAAGGAGGGAUACAUGGAGAAACUAAGCACUGCCAAAUCACCCCUAUCAUCACAAUGGAACAGGCGAUAUUUUGAGCUCACAACACAGGGUCACCUCUACUACUCCAAGAGGAAAAACGAAAAGAACGUUGAAUCCAUCUACCUUCGUGGGUGCCCUGUUGCGCUGGAGGACGAUCGGACAAUCGUCAUCCAGACCGAUGAACGUUGCUACAAGCUGAAAGCAGCAUCGCACGAGGAGGCACAGGAAUGGCUCGAAUGCCUGCUCGUUUAUACUCUCAAGCAAGCCAACGUUCCACGCAGAGCCCACUCGCAGUUUCCAACCGGCGAAUUUGGACUGUAACGUCACGAUUUGUACAUAUUUUCCAGAGAUUUUAUAUAUAUAUGAUGAAUAUUUUGAAGAUAUGAAUUUAUAUAAUAUAUAGAUGUGUCUAUCAAAUAUAAGUAUGCUUACAUGUGCUGUUUUGUGUAUGUUAUAUAAAUGGGGCUGAUGUAAUAGUAGACAAUUAUGGGUAACAUGUACGAUAUAAAAGGUGCAAUGAUACAUUGUUAUAGAAGUUUCCUUUACUUUACCUUUUGGUACAUUUAUUGAUUUAAAUGACAUUAAUUUUUACAGUAUUCAUUUUCAUUGUAGUAAAGGCCAAUCGUUACAGCCUUUCAUGUCCUAUUUGUGUCACAAUCAUGAUGAAUCCAUGAAUGCGAUGUUUAAGAUUCAUUUUGAUGAAGAAUUUGCUAUUGAAUGAAUUCAUUUUUUUAAAAUCUGGUUCUAUUUGUUAACAAAGGUUUUUGCCAAAAUAAAACAAAUGAAUAAAAAUCUCAGGAAAUGCUCAAAUAAAAGACCCUUUUCCUAAUUCCCAAUUCAAGUUAUGUUUAUAAAAAUAAAUCAUUUAAAUUUGUGUUCAUCACUUGUAUCAUGGAAUUUUCAAACCUAUCAUAAAGUUUUUAUCUCUUUUGCACAAAGGAUACCCAACACCAAAAGGAUGGAUUCACAGCUUGAAUCUAAUAUUGUGUUUAUUUAAAACACUAUGGCCCGUAUUCUAAUAGCAGGUUUUACUUAAACUCAGGUUUAAAGUUGUGGUUUAAGUAUGGAAAGCCAAAAGUAUCAAAAUUUUUAUUAAGUUGUAUGUUUCUUAUGUUUACUGUGCUCUUUCCUGAUUCAUCGAUGGUGAAGACAAUCAUCUAUUUAUACUUCCUAGACAAUUAUGAAUGAUUUGAGAGCCAAAUGAGCUGAAGUAUGAUAUCUCUACUGUUAGUGAUUUAUGUAACAAUUGGCUAUCCAUACUUAAACCACAACUUUAAACCUGAGUUUAAGUUAAACCUGCUAUCAGAAUACGGGCCUAUUUCCCUAUUCUAAACUUAAUUUGUAAUCUACCUUAACCCUAAAAGGACUGGGCUAUUUUGAGAUGUAUUGAGGACUGGGGGGAGGCAUCAUGGACCCCCCUUCUGGUCUCGGCCGCCGUUCACGCGAUCGCGCCGAAAUUGGCACGCUCAUUCUUUACCACAUAAACUACAAGCUAGUAUAAAACAAAUUCUGAAAAUAAUAAUUUUUUAUCUAUUAUGAAUGAAAUAUGCAAAUUUAUUCAUGAAAAACAUUAUUUGCAUAUUUAACACCCAAUUUCACUUCAAAUUUUCUUCUUUUUCUGCAGAUGUCAUCUUUGUAUAAUCUAAUUUAAAGGUUUCCACACAAAAAAUUGCAAAAGCUAAUUUUUUCCAUAUGUAUUUCUUUGUUUUUAGAAUUUCUUAUGUAUUUCUUUGUUUUUUCAUCUUUUGUUUUCAUUGUUUUUUCAAUGGAAAUUAUUACAGACCAUUUAACAACUAAAUUAAGCCCUAAAUUAAUUAAGCAGACCAUUUAGAACGAAAAAUAAUCACCCUUUUAUGAAUUUCAUCUCCCAUAGACUUUAUACACAAAGUAUAAAAGUGAGUCAUUUUCGUAAAAAUUCAUUUGACGUCGCGAUGCUAUACCCUAAUGUCGUGACUUUGGUCUCAAAAGUUGUGCGAGACUUCAAAGAAAAAAUUUAUUAAAUUUUGCGGCGCUAUCUUCUUGCGUUUGGAAAUAUUGCGCGAAGCGUCGAGGGGGGACAUCAUGGCCCCCCCAGUCCUUUUAGGGUUAAGAGGGGGUCUUUUACCGAAUGAAUUUGAAAUUGUUUAUCAUAUCUAUUUGACUUGAUGAUUGCUGCAAAAAUUAUCAACAAAAUGUCAUCAAAUCUCAGUCCUUAAUUUAUUCUACAAUCUACACUGGUCAAUAGUAGAAAAGUUUGUCUCUCAGAAAAUAAAUAUGGAUAAAAAUUUAUGAAAUUAGUUUUCUUAUUAUUGCUAUAUUACACAGUCUGACCCCUCUUAGCAGCCAACUGUUAAUAGAAAAAGCAUGUUUAGUGGCCACCAAAAUUAUCUCCCAUUUGAUAGGAAUAUGUGUAAUAAAACUUGUUACUAAAAACCACAUGUCUCCAUGCAGUUUAGUGGCCACUUUUCUGUUUCCCAUUGAUGACCAGAAUAAACCAGUUUGACUUUAUACUAAUGAGAUUCAAUUUUAUUCCAUAUUACAAACAAUCCGUCCCUAUGUUUCCUUUCCGUAUUCAAAUGAACAUCUCAUGAAGCAGGAAAAUUAUGGCAUUCACAAAGGAAACUUUGACUUUGUUCCUUUUAUCGCUGAAGAGGUUCGUCUGGUGUGUAGACAUAAAAAAAUGUAUUCUCAUUGUUCUUUGUACUUUACAUACUGUUGACCACUUUAUUAUAGAAAAUACAAAUGCCUCAAUCAUGUCGACAAAUAGAUAUGGUGUUAGGUUCUUUAAAGAUAUUUGUAAAAUAUUUUUUAAUAAACUUUUCCCCUCCUGUUACAAUGUU